GCCCCGGUCUAGGCGGAAGUGGAGCCGCCCGGAGCCAUCCGUGUCCCAGGAGCGCCUCAGCCCAGCUGCGCCUCGGCCCAUGGCCGCCUACCCGUACCGCCCGGGCCCCGGGGCUGGCCCUUCCGCGGGCGCCGCGCUGCCGGACCAGAGCUUCCUGUGGAAUGUCUUCCAGAGGGUUGACAAAGACAGGAGCGGUGUGAUAUCCGACAACGAGCUUCAGCAAGCACUAUCCAAUGGCACCUGGACUCCGUUUAAUCCAGUGACGGUCCGGUCGAUCAUAUCCAUGUUUGACAGAGAGAACAAGGCCGGCGUGAACUUCAGCGAGUUCACCGGUGUCUGGAAGUACAUCACGGACUGGCAGAACGUCUUCCGCACCUACGACAGGGACAACUCGGGCAUGAUCGACAAGAACGAGCUCAAGCAAGCCCUCUCAGGUUUUGGGUACCGGCUCUCUGACCAGUUUCACGACACCCUCAUUCGGAAGUUCGACAGACAAGGACGGGGGCAGAUCGCCUUUGACGACUUCAUCCAGGGCUGCAUCGUCUUGCAGAGGUUGACAGAUAUAUUCAGACGCUACGACACGGAUCAGGACGGCUGGAUUCAGGUGUCAUAUGAACAGUAUCUUUCCAUGGUCUUCAGCAUCGUAUGACACUGGCCUUCUGCAAAUACCAACGGGACUUACGGAAAAAAAGACUGAAAAUGCCAAAUCUCUCACCUGUAACGAAAUGGUACGCAGAUGAGUUAGAUACUGCUUUUCCUUUAGAUUUUGUAUAAUUACUCCUUGGGGACCAGUACAUAUGUGGAUAAGCGGGUUGAUGUUUUGCAGUUGUAACGGUAGUUACGUCAUUACUUAGGUUCACACAUUUGAUUUGAGGCUGUUUAAUUGUGCCAUGAGGUAAGAUAUAAUAAUGUUACAGGGACUCUGCUUGCAAAAAACUCAUCAUGUGCUUUUCUAGAUAGCUCCAGUUCUAGAGUGGAAAUACUUUAUUAGCCAAUAGGAAUUUUAAAUAAUACGGAACUUGCACAGAAGGCUGCUCACGUGCCUUACUUUUUAAGGGGGUUUAUUGUGUUCAUUGGAAUAUGCAGCGUAAGCAAUAAAGCACAUGUGCCCUUGUC